AUGCUUCAUAAAUCCCUCCUCGGCGCUUUCCAGCCCAAUGUCCUCUUUGUCCUUGUGGGCCUGAUUACCCUCCGACUCCUCUGGAGGAGGUUCGGAGGUGGACUAUCUGGGAUCCCGGGGCCAGCUCUUGCAAAGGUUACACGACUUUGGAAGCUCCAUAGCGUGUGGAAGGGGGACCAUCAUCACACCGAAAUCAAGCUUCAUCAAAAACAUGGCCCGCUUGUGCGUAUCGGCCCUCGCCACGUUUCAGUCGCCGAUCCUGCUGCAAUACCGGUGAUAUAUGGGUUGAAUAAAGGCUUCACGAAGACAGGGUUCUACCCCAUCCAAUGUAUAUCCUGGAACAAGGCACCGCAAAUGAAUCUCUUUUCUACCCGCGACGAGCAGUUCCACCGGGACCAGAAGCGGCCUGUCGCGAGUGCAUAUAGCAUGACUUCGCUUCUUGAGCUUGAGUCAGCUGUCGACUCGUGCACAGAGAUUUUCCGUUCGCGACUGCAGGAAUUUGCGGAUAAGCAACAGCCGAUUGACCUGGGGACCUGGUUACAGUACUAUGCCUUCGACGUGGUGGGCGAAUUCACCUUUGCGAAGAAAUUGGGGUUUCUGCAGGAAGGCCGCGAUGUCGACGACAUGAUGAGUGGGAUCCAGGGGAUAUUAGCGUAUGCUAGUCUGUGUGGACAGGUUCCCGAAGCGCAUAAGAUCCUACUAGGGAAUCCAAUCAUGCCGAUUCUCUUCCCCAGCAUGGAGAGCUGGAACCAGGUGCUGCAGUUUACGCUGAAACAGGUGAAUUCGCGGACGUCCUUGACGCGGGAUGGGGAGCUGGAGAAGGACGACCUGGAGAAGGGGAAGGAUAUGCUCUCGCGGUGGAUGGUGAUUCACUAUUCUGAUCCCGGGAAGAUGAGCACAAGGGAUGUCAUUGUACAUCUUUCGACGAAUGUCUUUGCGGGAUCUGAUACAACGGCCAUUGCGCUUAGGGCGAUUGUCUAUUUCUUGCUUCGGAAUCCAAAGACCAUGGAGAAGGUCGUUGGGGAGCUUGAUGCGGCCGACAGGCUGGGCCAGUUGAGCAGUCCCAUUUCUUACAGGGAAUCGAUGUCACAUUUGCCGUACCUGGGCGCCGCCAUCAAAGAGGCGAUGAGGCUUCACCCGUCCGUGGGAUUUAUUCUCGAACGCCAUGUGCCUGAAGGUGGAAUCACGGUUUGCGAGAAACACAUUCCUGCCGGGACGACUGUUGGCAUCAACGCCUGGGUCCUGCAUCACGACCCGACGGUAUUCCCGAACCCUGAAUCGUUUGUCCCCGAGCGCUGGCUGGAAAGUAGUCCAGAGAAGCUGAAGGAGAUGGAGCAGAGCUUUUUUGCGUUCGGUGCUGGGUCUCGGACCUGCGUGGGGAAGAACAUCUCGCUCAUCGAGAUGCAUAAGAUCAUCCCACAGCUGUUGCGGGAUUUCACCUUCCAGUUGCAUAAGCCGGGCGAGGAGUGGAAGACGAAGAAUGCGUGGUUUGUCCAGCAGGAGGGUCUUGUGUGUGAUGUGGUACGGAAGAAGUAA